AUGGCAAGGCUUUGGUAUUGCGCACAGGAACAGUCUUUGAUUGAGGAAAAGCAGUUUAUCGUCUUUCUGGACAUGGAAGGCGAGAACGUGACAAAUGUUGCAACGAAUAGUGCAAACGAUACGCGAAGAUUAUUUCCUUGUUCAUUUUGCUCGAGAAAUUUUAAUAGUUCACAAGCUUUGGGAGGCCAUCAAAACGCACACAAGAAGGAAAGAACCGCGGCAAAAAAGUCUAAAAGGGCAUCAGAGUACACAAGGAACAACACAUUAUGUUCAUUUCCACAACCACCACUAAUUUUUACUCCAGACCACCAUCAUCAGCUUGGCCUUUUUAAUCCUUCCAUCUACAUAACUCCUCAUGCAGCCAGCCAUUACCAAUUUCCUGGCCAACAGUUUUCGAAUCAUUUUAGAACAAAGGGUGGACCUCGUUUUGAUGACAUAAUGUUCGGUCCUGCCAACUGCUUGAAUAGCCCACAUCAAUUUGAAGAGCAUGAACAAAGUUUCUUGAAUUGGCAAAAUAGUCUGCGAAUCAAUGGCUCAAGUGAAAGUUCUCCACAACAUCAAUCGACACUGAACAAGAGUCACAGUCAUGGAAGUGACGACAGGGAGAAAGAUCAAAAGCUUGAUCUUUCGCUUCAUUUAUAGAUAAAAGAAACCAAGGCUAAGCUAGAUAGGUGAGUCCAACAGAUGAACUAUUUCUUUUGACAAUUGUUUUUAUUGUUCUUGUUCUUUUUGUUGCAAGUCUGAAAAUGGAGUGUUACUGUUGGUUGUUGGGGGUCCAAAACAUUGCACAAACAGGUCUAAUUUUCCUUUGUGGAUGAACAUAUCUAACCUUC